CCCAUAUUCCCGGGGGGGUGGGCUCGGCUCUUCCGGGCGCGAUCGGUGCAGACGCGGCGUGGAUGGAGCUGGCGGCGGCGAUGCCGAGCUGCUGGGGCGCGGUGCUGGGCGCUGCCGUGUCCGUGCCCCUCCUGAUGCUGGCGGCGGCGCCCUAUAUCAGGCGGUACGUGGCCGGAGGGCGGUGCGGGUCCGCGGCCAGGCUGGACGGGAAGGUGGCGGUGAUCACGGGCGCCAACACCGGCAUCGGGAAAGAGACCGCCAGGGAGCUCGCACGGAGAGGUGCAAGGGUGAUCGUUGCCUGCAGAGACAUAGCAAAGGCAGAAGCUGCAGCACGCGAAAUCCGAGCUGAGACAAACAAUCAGCAAGUCAUUGUGAAAAAGUUGGACUUGGCUGAUACAAAGUCCAUCCGGGAGUUUGCAAACAGCUUUCUAGCAGAAGAGAAGGAACUUCAUAUCCUCAUUAAUAAUGCUGGGGUAAUGUUAUGCCCUUACUCCAAGACAGCCGAUGGCUUUGAGAUGCACCUGGGAGUGAAUCAUCUUGGUCAUUUUCUUUUAACCUUCUUAUUACUGGAGCGUCUGAAGCAGUCUGCACCAUCCCGCAUUGUGAACGUGUCCUCACUGGCUCAUCACGGAGGCCGAAUCCGCUUCCAUGACCUCAAUGGCGAGAAGAGCUACAAUCGUGGCCUCGCCUACUGUCACAGCAAGUUGGCCAAUGUCCUUUUCACCCGAGAGCUGGCAAGGCGGCUGCAAGGCACUAAAGUCACAGCAAACUCUCUCCAUCCUGGCUCUGUCCAUUCUGAGUUGGUCCGGCACUCAUUUGUAAUGUCAUGGCUGUGGAGGAUAUUUUCAUUCUUCUUGAAGACUCCAUGGGAAGGAGCUCAGACCAGUGUGUACUGUGCAGUAGCAGAGGAGCUAGAAUCUGUGACAGGACAAUAUUUCAGUGAUUGCCGGCCAGCGUAUGUAUCUCCAUGGGGUCGGGAUGAUGAGACAGCAAAGAAGCUCUGGAAUGUGAGCUGUGAGCUCCUCGGCAUCCAGUGGGACUGAGCAGUGCAGCCAUCUGUGUGUAUGUGGCUGAGCACAGUGAUGCUACUCUUGGGAAGAGCACUGCUGCCAAGAACACUGGUACUUCAGCUGCCCUUGUGAUGGUUCUGUGGAUGCAGUCCAGUAUGAUUUUCUGGAAUGCUACACUUAAUGAUUGAGAUUAGAAAGCAAAGCAUCCCUUUUUGUAGCUGGAAAAUUAGAGCACCAAUACUGUGAGCAAUCAUUGGUAAUUCACAACAGCUAGAGGCUGUUGUCCUGUGGCUUUAGAAUAGAAAUGGAGGUUAUCAUCUUAGCUUUAGAUCACCUGUAUUGAAAGUUGCUUUUUGCUUUAGUCUCUUUUUCCAUACCAGCAAUAGUAAAACGUUAAAAACUAGAUUUACAAGGUCAUUUUUUGUUCCUAAUAUUUGACAGGGCAGAGUACAAGUAGUCAUGUUUCUGGCAAUUACAUGUAAUAUAAAUGCUCACAAACGCUUAGAAACAAGUGCUGGCCUAACUAGGAUCAAGCAUUAUUUUCCAUGUUCUCUAAACACCUCUAGCCUGUGAAGUAAGACUGGUUCAUCUUUUGGGAAUACAGUUGUCAAUGCAGAUAGCUGGAAGGUUAAAACCUGCAGGAAUGGUGAAAUUGGGCAGUGGCUAGUUAUUUUAUUCAAAACAGUUAACAAUCUCUGCUGUGGAAAGACUAAGCAAAGCUGGUAUAAAACUUGUCCUAAUAAAAAUCUAAGCUGUACUUAAGUGAUUUACAAACCUGGAAAAAAGCAGAUUUAAUUAAAAAGAAAGUUAACUGCGCUGAAAAACAACAAUUAAUUUCCACUGAGGCUUUAGCAUUGAAUUUACUCUGACAGCAAACUACCUUGAGCUAAAUAGCUGAAGCAGGGGCCAGUGCUAACCUGAUAUUAUGGUCAGUUUAGUCACAAGACAGAAAAAGAAAACAAAUCCGAGCAGCUAUGGGCCACAGCUAUCCAUAGCUACCAGCCUGACCUCACUGUACCAUACAGCCUGCAUGGUCAAAAGGCAGCUCAGUCAAUCCACGUCCUCAUGAGCUUACUGCCUUGGAGCUCUAGUGAAAAUUGAUAUAAUAGGACCCAUCAUCCAAGAUUGUUUCUGAAAACUAGGUUUUUUUUUAGCUGCUUAAGUCAACAAGUGCCAUAGCUCACAGGAUUAUCUUUUUCUGGAAAAAAAAAAUCCAGAAGUAUUUAGACCCAUGUUUGAACACUCCUCUGACCAACUGCCAGUGUUGGGAAGCAAAUGCUCAUGUUAUGAUUCAUGAUGUCUGGCAGCUAUCCACGUACAUCAGUCCCAUGCUACCUCUGAUCAAUACUAAAUAGAGCCAUUUCCUUUUUACAGCAAUUUUUUGAAGAAAAUUUCAGAAAUGAUGCAAUUCACUUGUUUUUGCUGGUAUCUGCACUGCCUUACUAAUGUAAAAAAAUAAUAAUUUUAGCUGAUAUUCUGAA